GAUCCAUCCGAUCCCACAUCACGCAUCCGCGCGGUAUAUGCGCCCCGGCCCCACGCGUUCAUUUUGGUGUUCCCAUGCUGCUAACUCAGUAACUGGUUCAUUACCGAGCUCCAGAGGUAACCUGCCACCAACAUGGGCAUCGUGUCGCUCGUCAAGCAGUCACCGAUUGUUCACAUCUGGCUCUUCUGUAUCCACAUAAUAAGCGCCCUCAUUGUUACGUCGGGGCAAUUGUUCACCCUAGUAAUAUGGCCCUUCAGCAAGAGCUGGUAUCGGAGAAUCAACGGGUACCUCAUUAAUCUCAUGUGGCUGCAAUGUGUAUGGUUGACGGACUACUGGUCAGGGAGUAGAGUUCAUUUCUAUGGAAGAGCAGGACUCAUGGAGACAGUCAGUACACACCACUCUCUUCUGGUGGUUAAUCACAAGGAGGACGUGGACUGGUUGGUCAUCUGGCAAAUAGCCGAAAGGUUCAAGAUGCUGAGAGGAGCCAAGUGUCUGAUGAAGCAGGAGAUCAAAUACGUUCCCUUUUAUGGAUGGUCAUUCUGGUUGACCGAACAGCUAUUCGUCAACAGGAACUACGCCAAAGACAAGACCAGUCUAAUGAAACAACUUGAGAACGUUACAACUUAUGACUUUCCCACUGUGACACUGAUAUUUUGCGAAGGCACACGUUAUACCAAAGAGAAGUACGAGAAGAGUCAAGCAUUUGCUCGGGAGAAUGGACUACCAUGUCUGAAGCACCAUCUUGUUCCAAGGACAAAAGGUUUCAACCUGUGUAUAGAGGCCUUCAAAGGCAAAGUUCCUGUGAUAUUUGAUGUUACAAUAGCCUACCAAGAUAAUAAACAACCCUCCAUCUAUGAUCUUAUCUGUGGAAAAAAGUUUGACUUUCAUUUCUAUGUCAGAGAUCUUCCAUUGGAUGAAGUACCAACUGAUUCAGAAGAAGCUACAGCACAGUAUUGUCAUGAUAUUUACAAACAAAAGGAUGAGGCCUACGACUACUUCCUUCGGAACAACACGUUUGAGGGUUACGAUGCCACUAGACCAGGGUGCAUCCCUCCGCCCACCUUCCUGCCUCUGGUAGUGAUGUUGCUCUGGAUGUUGGUUGUAGGUCUACCCAUCAUCUACUAUUCCUUCGCCAUGCUCUUCUCUGGAUCAGCUGUGCUGAUCGUCACGAUCUGUGGAGCCUGUUACGCUGUAUUCAGAUUUUCCAAGUCCAUGAUGAGAGUGACUGAUGUGACGAAAGGAUCAACAUAUGGGAGCAGUAAGGAAACGAAGAGCAGAAGGUUAGAGGUCAAUCGACACAGGGUCAGGGGUCACAUCAAAUGGCGACCAGAUACCAUUGUCUAAUGGGGAUAAGAAAGAUUCCUGAUUAAGUACUAUACUGUUUUUGUGCAAAUAAAAGUAGAUUUACACAGCUCGGCUCUAUCUGAUGAAAUUAUAGUUUAUGCAAAUUAUAUUCAAAGCCACAUAUGUACUGUGCACUUCCUGAUUUGUUUUUUAUGGUACUGAAUGAGAGCACUUUAUCAUGAUAAAUUUGCACUCGUGCAUAUGUACUUAUUUAUAGAAUUAACUUUUAAUUGAAAGAUCUUAGCCAUGUUCUUGUUUUUAUAUUCUCAGUGUCUGUCAAGUCAGGAAAUCAUGAAAUCAUCUGAAUCUUCUUAACUAGUUAAGAUUCAAUAUGAACAGCUAUGUAAAAGACAGAAUGAGAAUGGCUUCAUAUCACUUAAAGGAAAGUGAAGCCCUUGUAACAAGAUAGCUUGUGCGAAAAAAGAAAA